AUUGUUUUCAAUGCUUAUUUUGCAAAUUAAUGCUGAGAUUGUGCUGCAUCAUGUAACUUCUAAUUUUAUUGUUUGCGCAUCAUUUAUGGAGCUAUUAAACAAUUGAGCUGCGUAGAGUUUCGAUAAGUGACAAAUCCAGCGGAAAGAUCUUUGAAGUCGAAGGCGGGAAUACGUUCAAGCGGGAGGGUUUGAGUGUAAGAAUAAGUGAAUUUAAGAAUAAAAGAAUAGGCUGAAAUGAAAAGGUUCAUGAGGAUAUUGACACCAGUAGUUGACAAAAUAGAUCCUGAGAAAGUGAAGAGAGCGAGGGCUUAUCAGAGGUUUACGCAGCUGGUAGAUGAUAUUGCUGAUGUGUCUACAGAUGUAAUCUACAAAACAGAUUCAGAUGUCACAAAAAAUGCCAUAAUAAGAUAUGAGGAUUUGUUGGAAUUGAAAAGCUGUGCAGCUGAGCUUAAGGAAAGAGGUUAUAUUCAUGCAGUGCCAUCACAGAAACUCAUCAAGCUGCUCAGUGCAUUGCAAAUGAACAUCCGUGUUGCUGUUUAUGUCUCUGUGAGAACUGAUCCUGAUGAUGAUCCUUUUGAAAGAAAACUUCUUCAUGAAGUAAGCUCUGAAACAGUUAUGAGAGGUAUGACUGCAUGUAUUACAGCAUUAAGUGUUUUGACAUCUCCAAAUGUUCCCAAAAAGGUGUGUUUGGAAGAGAUUCUUGACGUAAUAAUUACAUUCUUGGAGAACCAGAUGCAGCACACAAUAUACCCAUUCUUUGAUUUACUUUCCACCUCUUCCUCAAAAACAGGUCCUACAAACAACUGUAGUAAUCAUAGAAGGAAGAAAGCAGGUAUGAAAAAGCAGCACACACUUUGUAAAGAAGGUAGUGAUCGAAUAACAGCAGUGCAGGUGGAGGAACAGGAGGGGAAAGCAAUAAAAGUUUUAUACCACCAAAUCGUGAAUGGAAUAUGCCUAUUAAUGGAAGUAGUCGCAUUAUAUCGUGCAGCUCCACAACACAUUUCUGCCAUGUGUUCCUUAUCUGUGAGCCCUUUCUUCAUCAACAACAUAGCAGAAAUUCAGCUGGCUGCACUACGUCUCCUAGGAAUUAUUUUUUCUACGUAUGAAAAGUUCAGGCAUGCUGUACUUGGAGGACUCCUUGCAAGUACAAUGAAAUCAUCAUGCAAUAACCAGAUUCUACGCACAUAUAAAAUUGACAGUAAUGGUAGCAUUCAGAUGCUUACUGCUGUUGUGUUACAACUUGUACAGUGUUCUGUAGACAUGUCUACAACCCUUAUGUCUGAGUCUGAUAGACAGUCUGUUCUAGUGAAGAAGCACAAGGCAGCAGUAAAAGCAGUGGGAGUUUUCCUUCUUGAAUUUUUAAAAAAAUGUGCGUCAAGUAAGAAGGAAGAUAACACUUAUCGCAAGGCCUUCGAAGCUUUUGUUCAAGAUUUACUGAUUGCAGGGGACAAGCCAGAGUGGCCAGCUGUUCAUUCUUUCUUCUGCAUUCUCUGCAAUUUGUUUGCGAGAGGGCUUGAGAAGAAGGAUGCAAGUGCCCAGUUUCAUUUACUCUGUCUUCGCUGUUUGGGUUUGAUACUUUCAAAAGUACGGAGUGAUGCUGUAUUUUCACAAGGCAGGAUAAAUGAUGUUAUUCGUGUUGUGAAUUUGUUGAGAAGUCAAAAAAUGUCUGCUGGUGAAGAGAUAAUAUCAGAGAAACACUACAGUAAGGUGGAAAUUGUCGAAGCCCUACAGUAUGGGUUGAUCGAUUAUUUGACUGUAAACAUCAAUCAGAAUCAAGACAUCUCAGAUCCUAGACAUUAUUACCUGAUGAAGUGGUAUCUAGAUGACAGUGUGCCCCAACUGAAAGAAAGUAAAUGCAAAAAGCUGAAGACCUCAAAUGAAGGAACCAUCAAUGGAUGUCUAAAGAAUUCGCUAAACGAAUUUCAUAAGGAUGGAAGAAAUAGCAAGGGAAGCAAGGAAAACAAAAAUAAACGUAAAACUAAAAACCACAGUGGCAAUUAUUCUAAAAAGAAAUCUGAGGAAAGAAAUUCUGAAGCAAGCGUUUUGAAACAGAAGCAAUUACUUCUCAGUAAGAUGAUUUUAGACAAUGUUGAUCAUAUGAAAGGUUCUCUGACAGAAUUUACUAUAAACUCUGAGGAUGCCAAAUUGAUUUGUAAAUACCUUCAUUCUUGUGAAAUAUUCUCAGAGAGCUCCAGUAUUUACCUACAGUAUGUGAUAUGUGCAUUGUCUGAAAACUGCUCUGCCAUUUGUGCAGAAGCUAUUAAGUGUUUGAUAAUGAUAGUUGAAGCAGAUCCAUCGAUCUUGGGCAGAGAGGAUAUUCAGCAGUGUAUAAACCUCUCACUAGUUCAUAGUUCCACCUUGGUGCGUGAAAAAACUAUUGAUCUCAUUGGAAAGUUUAUACUUACACAACCAGAUAAUUUUGAAAGAUAUUAUGAUUGCAUCAUGCAUUUCAUACAGGAUUCUGGUCUUAGUGUCAGGAAACGAGUGAUUAAAAUCAUGG